GUCAUCGCCUCUGAACGAUGACUUUUAAACAGUGACAGUCAAGUAUGCAGCGAGCCAUAAGCGGGUACGGUCGGUCGAUUGCUGGUAAUAAAAAAGAAACACACACACAACAAAAAUAAAUACAAAUAAAUAAAAAAUCAAAAAAAAAAAACUUUAACAAAUUGUUGUUCUUGUGUUCUUUCAAGACCACAAAUGGAAUUUUUAAAGUGAAGUUUAAUAAUAAUUUAUUGGCAUAAAUAUGAAAUAAUAUCGAAAAGAUUAUUUAACGCAAAUAAUAAUAAUUGCAUGUGUUAAUAAAGAAAUAAUAAAAUUGCUAAAAAUAUUUUAAAUAAAUAAGUAUUUCAAAAUCAAGUUAGUGGAGUCUGCGUGUGUGUGUUCAUCUAAACAAAAUUUGUAUUUAAAAACAGAAUUAAUUUAUGCGUAAACCAAUAACAUUUUAUACAAAUUUUAAAGAAAGUGAAAAUAUAUUUAAAUAAAAGUUGUCACAUAUCCCCUUAUCUCUCCUCUUACUACUGCAGAGAUGUGUUUUGAAAGCUGAUAACAUUCAAUUUAAAAUUCAAUGGAUCAAAGUCCAAACAUACCCAUUACAUAAAAGCUGCCAUAAAUAAUCCCAAAGCAAUGCAUUUCCAAAGUAAUAUAUCACUUUUACAACUAUUCAUUACACUCAUAGUAGGAGUUGCAAUUGGUUUUACAUUUUCCCAGCUAUUAAAUACGACCCAACACGAUAACCUAAUGAUAACGACAUCAAUGAAAUCAAAUCAAAAUUUAUGUAAAGAUCAUGAAAUAUUACAAUCUUUAUCUAGUAUAGAUUCUGAAGAAAUCAUUAAACCGAUGGAAAAUUAUGAAGAGUCUGAAGGAGAAAUAAAAAAGCUUUCAACUAAUACACCAAUAACAGAUGAUCUUGAUACAGAGAUAGCAGAUCGUUUGUUUAAAGAAGUUAGAGUUCUAUGUUGGGUUUUGACUGGACCCCAAAAUCAUGAAAAGAAAGCCAUACAUGUUAAGAAUACUUGGGGUUCGAGAUGUAAUAAGUUACUUUUUAUGAGCUCAAAGGAGGAUAAAGCUUUAGGAGCAAUUGAUGUGAAGGCGGGUGAAGGACGUGGUAAUUUAUGGAAUAAAACUCGGGAGGCUUUUAAAUAUGUCUACGAUCAUCAUUUUAAUGAAUACGAUUGGUUUUUAAAAGCGGAUGAUGAUACUUACGUGAUUAUGGAAAAUCUAAGAGCUUUUCUAUACACCAUGUCCCCAAAUGCUUCGGUAUAUUUUGGUAGCAAAUUUAAGCCUCAUGUUAGGCAGGGCUAUAUGUCUGGAGGUGCUGGUUAUGUUUUAAGUAAAGAAGCUUUACGACUUUUUGCCGAACGUGCUUAUCCAAAUCGUGUUUUAUGUCGUCAAACUCCCGGCGGCUCAGAAGAUAAAGAAAUGGGUACUUGUUUGCAGAAUGUUGGAGUUGUAGCCGGUGAUACACGUGAUGAGCUUAAGCGCGGACGCUUUUUCCCCACCAGUUUAUAUAGUCACAUCAUACCAAAACCCAAAUCCAGUUGGUAUUGGCGUUAUAUAUUCUAUGCAACCGAAGAUGGUCCCUCCUGCUGCUCGGAUUACUCUAUAUCAUUUCAUUAUGUUCAACCCAACUAUAUGUAUGUCAUGGAUUUUUUGGUUUAUAAAUUAAGACCCUAUGGUAUAGUGCCAAAAAAUAUUGAUAUGCCGGCGAAAAAGAACAUGAGUGUUUUAUUAGAUAAAUGGCGUAAUGAAAUAUCGGAUAAUCCUUUAUAGUCUAAUUAAGUUGAAAGCGCCACCGCCAAGUCAUAGAAUUUAGAAUAAUUUAUUUAUUGUUGUUACAAUUUUUAAGCAUAUUGUGAUUUAAGUAAGUUUUAUAAGCUUGUUAUAGAAUUGAAUAAAACUAUAUUAGUUUAUGUUGAUUA